CAAAAUAGAAAAUUCUAAAAGCAGCACUUCACCUUUUUCUCCUUCUUCCGUCUCUUGCUUCGUCCCAACAAAUUAAUCUUCUGUGAAAUUAUUCAGAAAUGGCAUCAAAGCGCAUCCUGAAGGAGCUCAAAGAUUUGCAGAGAGAUCCUCCUACUUCUUGCAGUGCUGGUCCUGUUGGUGAGGAUAUGUUCCAUUGGCAAGCGACAAUUAUGGGUCCUUCUGAUAGCCCUUAUGCAGGCGGUGUCUUUUUAGUUUCCAUUCAUUUUCCUCCUGAUUAUCCCUUUAAGCCACCCAAGGUUGCUUUUAGGACAAAAGUCUUUCACCCAAAUAUUAAUAGCAAUGGAAGCAUUUGUCUGGAUAUUCUCAAGGAACAGUGGAGCCCUGCACUAACUCUCUCCAAGGUUCUCUUGUCUAUAUGCUCUCUGUUGACUGAUCCAAACCCGGAUGAUCCUCUUGUGCCUGAAAUAGCUCAUAUGUACAAGAGCGACAGGGCCAAAUAUGAGACCACUGCUCGAAGCUGGACACAGAAGUAUGGCAUGGGUUAAUUAGAAACGUUUCUUUCACCAAAAUUGAAAGAUAUUGCUGCCUCAUAUAUGUUAGGUAAAUAAUGCAAGUAUUCAAAAUUGGCCUUUACCUUUUUGCUCUUGUUAUUGCAGACUAAAUCCGAUCUUAUUUGUCUGUAAAUUUGGAACUUACUGAGAUAUAUCAAACUGUAAUAUAAUGUUCCCUUGAUUGUUGUCAA